UGAUCCUAUCCUUCCAGGGUUACCGUAUGCCGCAUUAUCCUGCGCUUAGAGUCGAUGUGUGGGGGAGAGUGGCUUUGGAUAUUCAUGUUCCCUUUCCCUGCUUCUUGUGCAUUCUAGACGUCACCGCCGCUCCAGCCAGGUCACAAGUGAGACGGCGUAAAACGAAAGCAGAGCCGCUUCAAAAUUCACGCCGCUAGCCGACUGGUAGACUUGCUCGCCUCAGUGCUGUGAUUUAGGGGCCUAGCGUAUUCGUCCAGCAAACAUGUCGCGGUGGUGCGCUCUGCUUGUGGUUCUCCUCGGAUUCUUUACCAUCGUACUAUACACUGAAGCCCAAGAGAUUCUGUGCCCUGAAUACAAGCACCUGGAAGGCGAGGUACAAAAAUGCAAGGAACUACUUCCAGACCUCUCAGGCAAAAAAGAAAAGGUGGCGGCGCUGGGCAUUCGUUACGGCCUCCGCUGUGCACGCGAGGUCGACCCCGACAUCUCGCUGCCUGACAUCCGAGAGCGUCGAUGCAAAAAGGAUGACCCUCAGGACUUUCCGAGAAAGUUCUACCAGUGCUGGAACCGGCUGCUCGACACAGACGCGCUAUUGACAAAAAUUGGCUUUAGUGCCGAAGAGCUUGACAGUUUCAGAGCUGCUGCGAAGUGCGUCAAUAACAUCAUCGAGAGGACCUUGACUGAAUAAAUAUCAUUAUUUCGGGCUCACCAUCAAGGAAGAUGACUUACGUCAUCGAAGUUACGCAGCCGGAACCUUAUGCAAGAGGUUGUCAACACGCCAAGAAAGUUGCACCACAAAACAGGAGUACGCUGGAGCGCACCAAGUGACAUCUUUUCGUGGUCUGGCCUAUUAAGGGCUGAAUGUGUUUUUCAUGCUAUAAAGCGGCGAAAAAAAAGAAGAAACAACUGUCACUGUUUGCAGGUUUAUGCACGUCUCACGAUUUUAUUGAUCUGCAACACAGCGUGCACUGAUUUAAAUGUGACAUUUUUGCUUGCUUGGUUAUGUCUCAGAAACACACCAAGAAAGCUGAACCACAACCAGUAUUACGCUUAUUAAAGCUUUUUUUUUUGUUUGUCUUAUCUUUAACGAAAGAAACCAAUUACUUAAAUAAAAAGCAGAAUUCCCAAGAAAUAAGGUUUACAUCGGAACUCAACCUACACCGGCAUUCUAGCGCAGCCGGGUACCCUCUCUGAACAGAGUUCCAUAGUCACGUCAUCGGCAUGACAGGCGGGACCAGUGGCGUAGCAACAGGGGGGGGCCGGGGGGCCGUGGGCCCCGGGUGCAAGGGGCCAGCGGGAGGGAGGGGGGGUGUCAUACGCCUGAAGACACCCCUUUUGCCGCCGGCUUGACUGGGCGCAAAUGGCAAAGAAUGCUCCGGUAUCCAGUAGCCCGAGCUCAUGUACCCGAUGCGUUGCGCCGCAGAAUUGUCGGCUGCAGCUCUAUCAACACCCAAUGAAACAAUUGCACGAAUGUGCGGGCUAAAAAAAUUUCAUUCCCUAAAUGGUCGCUAAACUAUUCGCCCUAACGGAAUGUUUCAUGUGGGGUGUGCCGUGCGUUCAUGCUGGGAGCAGGAGUCGCUAAACAUACAGUAAGGCGUUGAGGCUCUUGGGUCCCUCUUCCGUUCAGAACGCGCAGCGAAGACGAACAAAGACAGCACUAAGAGGGCGUUCAACGAGCGCGCCCGGCGCUCUCGUUUACGGCGAAGCGUUCGUUGAGAGCGAAGUUGCGUUCGUUGAGACGAGCGAUAAGUGCGGCCGUCAAAAGUCGCUAAUGGGAUUCUCUGGAUCGUCUUCAGACUGGGUGCUGCCGAAGAGUUUCGCGACGUAUGACUCGACAGGCUGUAUAUAGUCGCGGGCGCCGUGAUGUUCAGCUCGCUUUUACUUACCCUCUCCCGCUCGCUCCGAGAAGCCGCUGCGAAACCUGCCGUUAUGUUUCACGCUUUCCUUCUUACCCUCGAAAGUUUCAGAAAACUGUUGUUAUUGCGUGACUUCAUGUCAUAAGUACAGUGUCUGUGUCAGCUGCACAUAAUUUAAAAAAAACAUGAAUUUUGUAAGGAUAUUUCCGGAUAUUUCCGGAUAUUCUAUGAAGUUAUGUGUCUGUGAUUACUAGGAUCUCGGUAGCGUGAAAAAUAUGGCAGGUAAGUAAUAACCAUAUCCUUAAUAAUCCCCUAAUUAGUACUUAUAGAGGAAGCACUUCAAUUCAAGAAUUGAGGAUUCAAAGUCAUAUUAUUACCUCAACAAAAACUUCUUAAACAAAAUCGUUUUGGGUGCUACAUCCUACAGUACUUUGGCAGUGCGGGCGGCGCCUAGUAUGGCAGUCGCGAAAGAAAUAUGAAAUAGGUUUCGCUGGCACGGCCUUCAUCGAGGUUCUUUUUUUUAUGGUGACGCCAAGAAUCGACGCGAAGCGUGCUCUAUUCUGUUCCCAAUCUUUUGGUGGUACCGAGGCUAGGAUAAUCACGUUCGUCCGUAUAGCAGCAAAUAAAAAAGUCUUUAUUGAUCACAAUAAAGAGAAGUCGUAAAUGUCAUAACAUUGGCGCCCGCGCAGCAGGGAGGCAGGUGGCGUUUUCCGUUCUUCUAAUAUGGUAGGGAGAUCAGCGUCACUGAAACACAAUUUAAUUUUCGUUUUCGUUCAGGGCUGCCAACAGCCAAAAUACUGCGGGCCGUAGUACCUACGACGAUUUUUGUGAAGUUGUUAUUGGGCAAGAUAUGAAUGUCGGCCUUCAAUUUUGCAAAUGCAAUGUUGCCGCUAAAAUUGGUGAUUAAAACUUUAUAAUUUUUUUUUUACUUGUGACGUGAGCCGUAUUUGCCACGAUGCCGCAUUUGUUUUGGUUGCAAAGCCUUACAGUCUGACAGAAGAUGUGCACAUGCGCUUAUCACAAGUUAUCAGUGCAGCACACUGUGUUAUGUGGCGCAGAAAAAAACAGCGUGUAUUGGCCUCGAGCUCCACCACUGGAGAAGCUGGCGCCACCGUCGGCGUGACGUGCUAUUAGGGAUCACGUGGACAUAGCGGCCGCGUCGGCUGCUUCGGGAGCGGCGAAGCGAGCUGAAAAGGAAAGUUUAAGUUCCCUCGUACGCUGCGGUCUUCAUUUAUUGGCGGGAUUUUCUCGCUUCGAGUGUCUCCUUUACAAUGAUUGAAAGCACUAGAAUAGGUAGUGGCUACCUUUGAAGGUGCGCAACAGGGUAGGCUACUGCUCGGUGCCGCACUGCCGGACGUACGCCACGGAGCCCGGUGUCAGCCUUAUUCAUACGUAGCCGCAGGACAAGAAGCUGCGUGAAGCUUGGCUCGCGAAACAUAAAACCGGCAAACAGUCAUCGGCUACAACUCGGGUAUGCAGCAAGCACAGACGCGAGGAAGAUUUCUGCUUCCGACCCGGGUCUGCAAUGUUCCAAAAACGCGCACUCAGAUGCUCGCCCGAGUCCGCUGCCCGACUAAUGUCAUGACGGUUUUGUCUAUGAACUUGUCAAUGCUAUAGAUACUGGCAAGUUCACUGGAGUGGAUAGGGAACAGUAAAGAAGCACAAAAAAAGAACGCAUGGCAUAUGGUCAUGUUUGUGUUAUGAAUUAAUGCACUGGAUUGCAAAAAAAGAAGCAGCGGGAAAUCGCACGCUGAGAACACCGAUAAACAUAUAGUGCGACUCAAUUCGAGAAAUAAUAUUGAAACGUCCAAGAAUUUAGAAAAAAAAAGAUGAUUGAAUCGUCGCGACGUCCGGCACAUCAGUCCCCGUAGGCAUCGAAGUCUCUACAAUGAAAUUAUUUUUGAACAGCUCUGAUAGCGCCCACGCAACAUUGGUUGCUUGUAUACUGUCAAAUGCUCAUAUUCUGCAGCCUAAAGCUCAUGGCAUGGUGUGAAAACGCGCAUGCGGCGAAAGCGAAACAGUGCGCGGACAAGCAUGCAGACGCGCAGUCGGUCGCUGCGAAGCUGUGCGAUGGCUGCAUUGAGGCUUCAUUUUAUUACGCUCCAUUUAGAUAUACAAACACUAUAAGAAGAUAUUUCACAUAGUUUCGUCUCGGCGUUUGCCUACCUUUCACACAAGAAGCCAGGUCGGGGGACUAAAUAGCGGCGACCGCACACAGUGGCGUCCACUGUACGUAUUCGGUAAAGAGAUAGCGUCUGCAAACAAUUCUGUGCUUUCAGUUUGCCCAAAAUUAUUAUUCAGACAGUAAAAAACUUCUCUCGUUUCGAAAGUACUUACAGAAAUUUUUGGGAGAGCACCCGGGUGGUGCGUUCAGUGAGCGCUGACAGCAAAACCUAUAAGGAGCGCGCCGCUUGAUCCCUCAUACUACGCCAGCAAGGCGCUUCCGAUAGAUGGCGACUCCGUAACUCCUCGCCGCCAAUACCUGCUGCAUUCGCGAUCACUGGGAAAGAAAGCGAAGGAGAGGGGGACCCGGGGGAGGUGCGCGGUGUCCAAGGCGGCUGUACUGGUGCUGAAACCCGGAAAUUGUCGAUAUCCGCGCCUUCCUCGACUACACGCGGGGGGGGGGGGGGGUGACAGAAGACCUAUCGGCCCCGGGUGCCAGACGACCUAGCUACGCCACUGGGCGGGACCCCGCUGAAUCUCUCCCAUUGGUGGGAGUUCCAAAAACGUUUCGUUCCAUUCAGCUUCAUGCCAAUCAAUCUCUCCAUAUUAUUGCUGUUCGCAAUGUUGCAUGUAAGUGUAUCGAUGUCACUUUUAUCUGUGAGCCAACUGUAGGAUCGGGAGUGACCUGCCGGCAUCGAGCAGUCGUUAUUUUUUAUUAAUAUUGUUGAAAGUGCAUAAAUACCUUCCGCCAUGCAGGUUUAAAGAACACUUCUGGCCAUUGUGCCUCGUGGUUUGGCACUGAUUAGGCUAUCGACAUGUUGCAAAUGAAGAAUAAAUUUUUCUGAGCGUGUAA